CGGGCGAGGCCCCGCGCGCGUGACGCGAGCUGCGGCGGCGACUUCUCUGCUCCAGCCCGCGGCCGCCGCACGCACGCGCACUGUGCCCAGCAUGAGGGUCGCGGCUCUGAUCAGUGGUGGGAAGGACAGCUGUUAUAAUAUGAUGCAAUGUGUUGCUGCUGGGCAUCAGAUUGUUGCUUUAGCAAAUCUAAGACCAGCUGAUAACCAAGUGGGGUCUGAUGAACUGGAUAGCUACAUGUAUCAGACAGUGGGUCAUCAUGCCAUUGACUUGUAUGCAGAAGCGAUGGCUCUUCCCCUCUAUCGCCGAACUAUAAGAGGAAGGAGCUUGGAUAUAGGACAAGUGUAUACCAAAUGUGAAGGUGAUGAGGUUGAAGAUCUCUAUGAGCUUUUGAAACUUGUUAAGGAAAAAGAAGAAGUAGAGGGGAUAUCAGUAGGUGCAAUACUUUCUGACUAUCAGCGUGUUCGAGUAGAAAAUGUGUGUAAAAGGCUUAAUCUCCAGCCUUUAGCUUACCUUUGGCAGAGAAACCAGGAAGAUUUGCUUCGAGAGAUGAUAUCAUCUAAUAUUCAGGCGAUGAUCAUCAAAGUGGCAGCUUUUGGUUUAGAUCCAGAUAAGCAUCUUGGGAAAACUCUGGAUCAAAUGGAACCUUAUCUUUUAGAGCUUUCUAAGAAGUAUGGAGCCCAUGUUUGUGGAGAAGGUGGAGAGUAUGAAACAUUCACUUUGGAUUGCCCUCUGUUUAAGAAGAAAAUAAUUGUGGACUCGUCGGAAGUAGUCGUACAUUCAGCUGAUGCAUUUGCACCUGUGGCUUAUCUACGCUUUUUAGAAUUGCACUUGGAGGACAAGGUGUCCCCAGUGCCUGACAACUACAGAACAUCUAAUAAUAUAUUCGUACAUAAUUCUUGAAAAGCAUUUUUGAACAUUGUUCACUAAGCUACCAUUUCUAUGCCAAAAAAAAAAGAUUUUUUUUUCAAUUAUCGUGACCAGCUUUUUCUCAUUACAUUUUUUUUUUUUUUUUUUUUUUGAAAAAUAUACCAUUAUAAGAAGUUACUGGAGCCAUUUGAUUAAUGGGGAAAAUGUCAAUGGCUUGUUCGGUAAUAUUGCCAGCCUCCUCAAGAUUCCCUUUUUCUCUCUAGUUAACACAUCCUCCCUAUGACUUCUAGGUGAUACGUGCCUCUUUUUUUUCCCUUUUACUUUAUCUCCAAUCCUCAUUUCUGUGACAUUUCUUUUCUUUCCUUACAAUAGUUUCUUUUCCUCCUUCUCUCUUUCUUGUUUUCUUGUUCUCAUCUCUGCCAAUUUUAUCAAGAUGCAGACACAUUUGAAAGUGAAGAUAAAGGGAUCACUUUAUUUAGCCAAUCAAGCUUAUUCUACUGUGUAUCACCAAGGUGAUUUGUCAUUUCUAUUUUGAGUAUAUUUAUGGUUCAAGAGUUUCAACAUUAUUGGACAAACAGGAAAAAUAUUAUUAAAUCUUUAUGAUUAUUUUAAAACCGAUUAAAUAUGUAAUUUUUCAGUAUUACGUGUGGUGACCUUACACAACUUUUUUUUAAAUAGAUUUACUUUUUAGAGCAGUUUUAUGUUCACAGUAAAACUGAGAGAAAACUGCAGAGUUCCCUUAUACCGCCGGCCUCUCCAAUUUGUGUGUUUUUGUUCUGGGCUCUCUACUUUGUUCCACCAAUGUUUAUCCUUUGCCAUACCACAUUGCCUUGAUUACUGUAGCAUUAUAGUAAGUCUUGAAGUCAGAUAGUGUCAGUCUUCCCACUUUGUUCUUCUUCUUCAAUAUUGUAUUGACUAUUCUGGGUCUUUUGCCUCUGUAUAUAAACAUUACAAUCAGUUUGUUGAUAUCCACAAACUACCUUGCUGGGAUUUUGAUUGUGAUUGAAUUGAAUCAAUACCUCAAGUUGGGAAGAACUGACAUGUUGACAAUAUUGAGUCUUCCUAUCCAUGAAUACUUCCUAUCCGUGAAACAUCUCUCCAUUUAUUUAGUUCUUUAAUUUCAUU